AUGAAAGAAGGCACAGUUGUUGGAAAUGUUGCUAAGGAUCUUGGUCUGGACAAAACCUCUUUGAUUGAUCGACGAUUUCGAGUUGUGUCUGGAUCUAAGGACGCUUUUUUCGAGGUAAACCCGGACAAUGGUGCUUUACAGGUCCGUCAAAAGAUCGACAGAGAGGAGCUGUGUCAGGGGAGUGAAAUAGAAGUCACUUCCCUGUCAAAUACAGUGUCUGAAGACUCAAAGCCUGGUAACGUUAUUUCACUUAUUAGUGUGACGGAUAAAGACUCUGGUGUCAAUGGAAAAAUUAUCUCACGCAUAAACGAGGAAGUUCCCUUUGAGUUAAAGCCUUCUUAUAAGGAAAAUACCUAUUCUGUUGUCACUAAAGGAUUUUUGGAUCGAGAGCAGGUGUCACAUUAUGAAAUAACAAUUAUAGCCACAGAUUGUGGAGAACCUCCCUUAUCUACUUUAAAAACUCUCAGCAUUGAGAUAUCAGAUGUAAACGACAACAGACCACAAUUCUCUCAAAAUACAUUACAAUUUUACCUGGUAGAAAAUAACGUUGCUGGAGCAUCUAUAUUCUCUGUAAGCGCAACAGACAAAGAUGCCAAUGACAAUGCAGUCAUAUCAUAUAAUAUCGCAAGAGAAAAUGGUCUAACAUCUUUCCUCAAUGUAAAUCCUGAUAAUGGACACAUUUCGGCACUAAAAAGUUUUGACUUUGAAACUCUGAAAAAGUUCCAGUUCCAAGUUGUUGCCUCAGAUUCUGGAACUCCGUCACUAAGCAGCAACGUCACAGUGAACGUGUUCAUUCUGGAUCAGAACGACAACGCUCCAGUCAUCCUGUAUCCAGUCAGCUCUAACGGUUCUGCUGAAGGUGUGGAGGAGAUUCCCCGCAAUGUGAACGCAGGACACUUGGUGACUAAAGUCAGAGCCUAUGACGCUGAUAUAGGAUAUAACGGCUGGUUACUGUUUUCACUGCAGGAAGUUAGUGACCACAGUCUCUUUGCUUUGGACCGCUAUACAGGACGGAUCAGAACACUUCGCUCAUUCACAGAGACAGACGAGGCUGAGCAUAAACUGCUCAUACUGGUGAAAGACAAUGGGAACGUUUCACUGUCAGCAACAGCUACUGUGCUUAUCAAAGUUGUGGAGCCCAAAGAGGCUUUUGCUGCUUCUGAUGUUAAAAGUGCAACAAAGGAUGAUGAGGAUGAUAAUGUGACUUUUUAUCUGAUGAUAACUUUGGGCUCAGUUUCAACACUUUUUCUCAUCAGUAUCAUCGUGCUGAUUGCAAUGCAGUGUUCUAAGUCCACAGACUAUACUUCUAAAUAUCUACAAGAGCCUAAUUAUGAUGGGACACUGUGUCACAGCAUCCAGUACAGAUCUGGAGAAAAGCGGUACAUGCUAGUUGGACCCAGGAUGAGUAUAGGAUCCACUAUAGUCCCGGGCAGCCAUGCCAAUACACUAAUGCUUCCUGACAGGAGACACACUUCUGGAGAGAUGUUUUGUUUGGGGAAUGACUACAGGCGAGUCUGA